AUGAAAGAGGUUGUACGAUCUCGAACGCCCACAAAAGAGUCAACAACUGUGGAGAUCUGGACUCACCCCCAACCACAGAGGAAAUCUGAGGGGAAAAAAGCAGAAAAGUCCCAGCGGCGUGUCACAUUUCACCUACCAGAAGGCUCUCAGGAAAGCAGCAGUGAUGGUGGACUGGGAGACCAUGAUGCAGGCAGCCUUCCCAGCACCUCCCAUGCCUUGCCCCUUGGCUAUCCUCAGGAGUACUUGGAUCAUGCCGCACCCAACAACCGCACUGAAGGGGAUGGCAACUCUGAUCCUGAAUCUACUUUCAUUCCUGGACUAAAAAAAGGUACAGUAGAAACCAACACGAACCAUAGCAGUGUGCAUGUUUCAUUUUUAAAUGAAUUGAUGAUUUGUGUUUAA